UGACUGAAUAUUGCAAGCCUAUGCAACCGGAGUGUUCAACCUGUGCGAUGCAUGAGACCCAAUUCUCGACUUGAGCUUUCAUUCCAAGAUCAGCGAGCAUGGCGUCUUUAAUGCGCAUCGUGAACCGGCUACUACCAUUCGCUACACCGGGAACUCCGCUCUUGCAAGACUUGGUCCAUUUGGGAGUAAUAUGCGCGUUGUUGUACUUUGCGCCACAGAUCCAAGAACGCUUGCAAAAGCAGCUACCUGAACAGCGCCACGAAGGAGAGCAGCCGCAAGUGAUUCAAGAUGAUCCAAUACCGGAUGCGGGAGUGCAACCAGAAGCAGACGAUGUCGACGAUCAGCACGAUGCAGAUAAUAUCAUUGACAACGAGGAAGCUCCACGAGUUCCCAACGAAGGAGAGGCCGGUCCAGCGCAUGCCCCGAUGAUGCCACCUCAGCGCAAUGUUGGAGCUAAGAAAGCAAAGUCUCUGGCACGACGUGACCAAAAGCGCGCAUACAACGAAUUCAUGCGGACUCAGGGCGAAGCUCAGAGAGCGAAGGACGCCGAGGGAGCAGCUGAACGUGAAGCCGAGCAGGAGGCGGAGCGUGAAAGGCGCAAAGCAGCUGCAGCGACGGUGGAGGCAAAGAAAGCCAAGGAAAGGGAGCAAAGACGUGAGCAGGAGCGCAAGGCUCGCGAGGGUGAGAUUAGCCGGAGAGAUACGGUUCUUUCGAUCGCACGGAGGGAACUGGAAGAGAUGAGAAUGGUCAAUCUGUUCGAUGUCGCCAGUAGAGUUGGUGGCGAUGCGGAUGAAAUUUGGGUCGAAAGAAUCCUGAACGCGGGAGGUAUUCUCGGCUGGAGUAAUGACGGGUCCGCACUUACGACAGUCACGAGCACGGGCUGGGUGAUCCGAGUCAGCAGAGACGACAUGAUGCAAGUCUACGAUCGAGCUUCGAACCAGGGCGAUGCGACUGGUAGAAUCAAGCCACACCAGAUUGGCAGCCUUCUUGAGGCAGUUUUGAGAGAGCAAGCAGUUUGA